AUGUCUAAAACAAGAUUUCAGAGAAGUCAAUCAAUUACGGAACCUGCAUCUGUAAAGGAUGAUAACAUUUUAUGUUGUGCAUGUGAUGCGGUGGUUCAAAUUGAGCCUUCGGACUUAUAUGAUGAAUUGGUGAAAUAUGCUAGCAAAAGUAAAAACAUGAAGUUUUAUUGUGAUAAUUGCGUGAAACAUGCUGAUGGUUUCAAAGGUCUUUUGCAGAUGCUUAACGAAAAAUUUGAAUCCAUUGAUUCUCGUCUUAAAACGUUUGAUUCCAUUGAUAUUGGGAUGAAAAAUCUGCAGUUGAGGCUUGAGUCAAGCGAUGAGAACCUAAAACAGUUAGAAAAACUAGACGAGAAACUUAACCAGUCUAUUAAUUCCUUGAAAAACGAUAUCACCAAGUCUUGGUCAGACGUGGUAAAGAGUAAUUCUAAAAUUGUUGAUAACGAGGCUGUUUCUUUGAGAAAUAUGAUCAGUACUUCAUUUUCCGAUGUGGUAAAAAAGGACCUCGACGUAGUUAGUAAAGAGGUCAUCUCUGUUCGCAGAAAAAUUGAAGUGGCAAAUGAAGUUAAGGCCCGUGAGAACAACAUAGUUCUCUUUAAUUUCAGCGAAGACUUGGAUGUUGCUAAAGAUAGGGGCAAUGUUCUUGGCUUUUUAAGGUCUCUAACAGACGAGUCUCUGAAAGAUGAUGACAUAUUGAAAAUAUUCAGACAAGGUAAACAGCCAAGCGUAUCGUCUCCCCCGCGUCCAGUGAUUGUUAAGUUUAUCAACCUUUCUGCAAAAGUCCUGGUUAUGAGAAGAUUAUUCAGAUUAGCGCUGCUGGAUAAAAAAAUGAGAGAAGUGAGGAUUAGUGAUGACCUUACAACGGACCAGCGUCUGCAGCUUAAAAAAUUGGUUCUUGAGGCAAAAAGGCGGGAAUCUAAAAAUGGUCAUUUUUUAUAUCGGGUCAGAGGUGUGGUCGGGCAAUGGAGAAUAGUGAGAUAUCCUGGGGGUGUUAGCAAGAAAAGGUUCGUUGAUGCUAUGUUGAAAAAACAGUCAUUGCUCUCAGAAAAAAGGAAAGCCUACUGGAGAAACAUGAUUGAAAUAAAUGGCUCCAAUCCAAAGAAACUCCGGAUGACAAUUAACAGGGUUUUAUGCAAGAUGAAUUCUGUUGAUUUGCUUAAUAUGUCAGAUGAGUUAAAUUCUGAUGAUUUUGCUCAAUUUUUUAAAGAUAUGGUUGACAACAUACUAGAGAUGAUGCCUUGUAUCAAAGAGCCUAUUGUUUCAAACAAUCGGAUGAGUGAAUGUGCUGAACUUUCAUUAUUUCAGUGCUGUUCCAGUGAUGAGAUUCGUCAAAAAACAAAUGCUGAGAUAAUCUGCCUGUCACCUAUCGCAACGUCGUUCGUGGUGGCACACACCACUAUAAGACACGGAUCCUGUCAAACUCGUGAUGAAAAGAGCCCUCAUAAGCCUCAGCGUGUCGUCGAGGAGGGUCGCAUGCCAAUGAGUCACUCAGCACAACAAAUUAUCUCAACUGUCGUCAAUUAA